AUGGAGAAAACGAGGACUACCGACAAUUUGCUCCCAGUCUAUGACUACGUCAUUGUUGGAGGGGGUACGGCAGGUUGUGUUUUGGCUAACCGACUCUCCGAGGACCAAUCAAGAACAGUCUUGCUACUCGAAGCCGGAAGUGACGACACGGAGUUUCCGGAAAUCCAUGUUCCGGCAAUGUGUAGUACUUUGAUUGGAAAUGUGUAUGACUGGUCGUACAAGUCCGAGCCUCAGAAACAUGCCUGCAAAGCCAUACUCAGCAAGCAAAUGCCCACACCACGGGGGAAGGUAUUGGGAGGGAGCGGAAGCGUGAAUGUGCUGGUGUAUUGUCGUGGUACCCCCGAGGACUUCGACCAGUGGGAGAAGAUGGGCUGUGAGGGGUGGGGGUAUGAGGACGUCUUACCCUACUUUGUUAAGUCGGAGAACUGUACCAGUCCGGAGCUACUCAAGGGAGGCGUGCAUGGCACAGGUGGUCCCAUGGCAGUCACGGAGUGUCUGUACACGUCAAUCACCGACCAUUUCAUCGAAGCGGGAAAAGAACUCGGUUUCAAACACACCGACAACAACGGCAGAGACCCUAUAGGGGUUAUGCGGACACAGCUGAACACUGAUGACGGUCGAAGAGCCCACACCGCGGAAGCUUUUCUCCGACCCGCCAUGCACCGCGACAAUCUGCACAUUGCCACACACUGUCACGUGACCAAGGUCCUGAUCGAUAACAAAAUCGCCCGAGCUGUGGAGUUUGUACGCAUGCUAACCGGAAGAGAGGUUGUAAGGGCACGUCGGGAGAUAAUCCUGAGUUCAGGUACGAUCGGGUCUGCUCAGAUCCUCAUGCUUUCCGGGAUUGGCCCUAGAGAGCACCUGCAAGAUCUGGGGAUCACGGUUGUUGCAGACUUACCUGUGGGAAGCUACCUUCAAGAUCAUUUUCUGGUUAACGGCAUAGAGUUUGAAAUAGAUCAGCAUUCUCUCCCUGGUGAGGACGUCUUCUCUGAUGAGAAUAAAAGACGCUAUGACUUAAUGAGAUCGGCGAUAAAAGAGUGCGAACUCGAACCUCCACUGUUGUAUUACGUAGGUCCUAUAGCCACGAGCCUUUGUGAAGGGACUGGUUUCCUCAGGACUCCUCUGCAGGACCCGGACUCUCCAAAUCCUGCAGUACAAAUAUACUUCUUCCCCGUCCUACACGGCCCCAGGCUCAGGACGAACGCUGCCAUCUCUGACAAGUACUGGUCCGCCAUAUUUCCGGGCAGGGACGAGAAGGUCAAACCGGGGUUGACCUUUCUUCCCGUCGUCAGCCAUCCCAAGAGCAAAGGUACACUGCGCCUGCGCUCUGCAGACCCAUUUGACUACCCCCUGAUUGACCCAAAUUAUCUUGCACAUCCGGAUGACGUCACCACAAUGGUUGAGGCCAUCAAAUUAUGUCAACGCUUUGGAGAAACCAAGGCGUUCCGUUCACUGGGUGCCCGGUUUGUGGAGCGCUCGCUGCCUGAAUACCAGGGGGCGCUUCACACAGAUGAAUACUGGGCGGAGUACACGAGAACGAUGACACAGACAGUUUAUCAUCUGUGCGGCACGUGCAGAAUGGGAAGAGCAGACGACCUGACCACCGUCACAGACCCACAGCUGAGGGUGAAGGGAAUCGGUCGUCUCCGAGUGGUGGACGCGUCUGUUAUGCCGAAGGUGACGUCAGGAAACACGAACGCUCCGGUCGUCAUGAUCGCCGAGAAGGCAGCCGAUAUGAUCAAAGGCGUCCAAGGGAAGAAACUCUAG